AUGUCAUAUAUCCAAUUAUAUAGUGCCCUACGCGGAGUGAUAUCACCAGCCCCGGCACACAGCACGCAGAGCUUGGAGUUUUUCCAGAACUUCUCUUUGGAGGACACUGAUGUGUUGGCUGUGACUUAUCCCAAGUCAGGGACAAUCUGGAUGCAGGAGAUCCUCCCACUGCUGCUGAAUGGAGGGGAUCUGACCCCAAUCCAUACCAUCCCCAACUGGGAUCGGGUCCCUUGGUUGGAAGAGAAAAGACUGGAAGUGGUUGUGGAUCAGCUGAAGUCUCCUCGGGCCUUCAUCACACAUUUUCCCUACAAUCUCAUGCCUCCUUCUUUCCGCAUCUCUAAAGCCAAGGCAAUCUAUGUCAUGAGAGACCCACGGGACGUUCUGGUGUCUUCGUUCUACUUCCACCAAAUGGCCGAAUUUCUUGAGGAACCGGGAACAUUUGAUGAAUUUAUUGGCAAAUUUCUGGAGGGCAAAGUACCUUUUGGGAAGUGGGCCGAUCAUGUGAAGAGUUGGAUGCACACAGAGCUGGGAGACAGAAUAAUGCACAUUACUUAUGAGGAAAUGGUUCAGGACCUGCCUGCAGCUCUCAGGCGCAUGGCAGAUUUCCUGGGCCGUAAUCUGGACCCUGAAACCAUUCAGAAGAUUGCAGAGCAAUGCUCUUUCCAGACCAUGAAGAAGAACACAAUGUCCAACUUCAGCCUGGUUCCCAAGGCUUACAUGGAUCACGACAAGUCUCCAUUUCUUCGGAAAGGUCAGGCUGGAGACUGGAGAAAUCACUUCAGCUCAGAGCAGCUGGCCCGAUUUUCAUCUGUGAUUCACAAAGAGCUGGAGGGUGAGAGCUGCUCUCUGUUCUGGAGCCUGGACACAACUGGAGGGAACGGAUGUUGAAAAUGAAGGAAUGGAGUCCCAUUAGAUGCAGAAAUUGUAACUGAUUGG